GCCAUUUGUAACGAAUCAUUGUACAAGCCAGCAGCUAAAUUAAACGGGGCUUCAAACAUUAAAUCAUAGACGUUGUCCAUUGUGAUGAUUAAAUACUACAAAUAGAACAAGUUCUUAUUUAGUCACUCAUUUUCAAGUGUUAUUUAAGGUACAGUAGCAAUGGAGCUUACACGUGCAAAAUUAUCAUUUGUUGUUGCAUUAAUUGCAUUACUCCUGUACUCAUUCAAUGUGAAGGACACCAAACGUACAGUUGAUCAUAUAAACUCGACUUAUGAUUACAUAAUUGUCGGCGGUGGUUCCGCUGGAUGCGUGCUAGCAGCUCGAUUAUCGGAAGACUCUAACAAUAGGGUGUUGUUACUAGAAGCGGGUGGAGAAGAGACGGGAAAUGCCAACAUACAAAUUCCAGCCGCCGCACUGAGUCUCUGGAAGAGUCAAUGGGACUGGGCAUAUCGCACGACACCUCAGAAGAACUCGGGAUUCGCGUCUGAAGGUGACGACAAUCGCCACUUGUGGCCAAGAGGGAAAGUUCUCGGUGGUUCCAGCAGUAUAAAUAUGAUGCAGUAUGUUAGAGGAAGUCGUCAUGACUAUGAUGAAUGGAAAGAGGAAGGAUGUGAUGGAUGGGGAUAUGAAGAUGUUCUGCCGUACUUCCUGAAAUCUGAAGAUAUACGUAUUGACGAUCUUAAGGACUCACGAUACCACAAUACUGGCGGACCUCUUGUUGUUAUAAAGGAUACUUCUAUUCCCAUUUGGAAGCGUUUUGUGGAUGCAGGAAAGGAAUUGGGUUAUAAAGAAAUCGACUACAAUGGUGAAAACCAAAUCGGAUUUGGGGGCAGCCAGGUAAAUAUAAAACACGGAGCACGCGGAAGCACUGUGGUCCAAUUCUUACGGCCAGCAAUGCACAGAACAAAUCUACACGUAUGUGUUGAUGCUCAUGUAACGAAGGUGUUAAUUGAAGACAAAAUAGCAAGAGGCGUCUCGUUCGUUAAGAAUAAUAAAAAGCAAACAGUGUAUGCAGAAAAGGAGGUUAUUCUUUCAGCAGGAGCAAUUGGAUCACCUCAGAUACUGAUGUUAUCUGGCGUUGGACCUCGAGCACACUUAGAAGGUUUAAAUAUACCAGUUGUUAUCGACCUACCCGUCGGGCAGAACAUGGAAGACCACGUUUAUGCUUUCACACCAGCAACAAUGAACUCUUCGGAAGGAUUUACUGGACCGAAAGCCGAGUCUUUUUCAUCUAUGGCAAAAUACCUUUUGUUUGGGAAAGGUCCAUUAACCAUGUCGGGGGAUGUGGGAUCAGCUUUUAUAAAGUCUUCCAAAUGUAAAACGAAAUACCCUGAUACACAGUUUCAUUUAUUUGCCACACUUCCAUUGUUAGAAAUGGCUCAUUAUUCGCCAACGAGUGGUGUUGGGUUAUUGCCUGACGAGUGGACAGACGGUUUUCUUAUUAUAAAUAUGAUACUUCAUCCAAGGAGUACAGGCUUUGUGAUGCUGGAGAGCGACGACCCGUUUGACUAUCCGGCCAUUGAUCCUAAUUAUUUUGAAAAUGAGGAAGAUGUCCAACAAAUGAUAGAAAUCAUGCGGAAAGGCAUGCAGCUGUUAAAAACCAAACCAUUUGCAGAAAUUGGGACUCAAGUAGACAGAUUGAACGUUCCAGUGUGUAGUCAUUUUAGUUUUCUCUCCGAUGAACAUUUGAAAUGUUACAUACAGCAUUUUGCUGUAACUGGUUAUCAUCCAACCUCCACAUGUAGAAUGGGCUCAUCAAAUGAUCCAAACUCUGUCGUAGAUCCUCAACUGCGCGUCAAAGGCAUCAGAAACCUACGAGUGGCAGAUGCUUCCGUUAUGCCACAUGUCACUUCCGGCAACACAAAUGCCCCGACUAUCAUGAUUGCGGAAAAGGCUGCAGAUAUAAUCAGAGGAAUCGACAGUGUGGCAAAACUACGCAAAAAAAUAAAAUCUACUGAAUAGUGUUUGUGUCAAAUGGUAAGUUUGGCUGCAAGGACACCUACAACAUGCGAAUGUAACAAUGCUGAAUAAAUACCAUUUUGGGAAUAAUCUUAAUUGGAAGAAGCACAAUCAUACCGGAAAAUUAAUGGAAUUGUCAUAUUCUUGUACACAGUAACGUAUGUGGUGUUUAUAGGCAAAAUAUAGACAUGAGGCAAUGUGAAAAUGUGUGCAUAUCCCGGUUAUGUUUUGUGUUGUGAUAAUCAUGUCGUUAAAAUUUCAUACAUUUUAAUUUAUGAUUUCACGUAUCAGAGUAUUUGGCUGUUGAUACGAAUUUGAAAUAAGAAAAAAAACACGCAAGAAAUUGAAAGAGAUUGAUGAUGCAUAGUUAAAUAUGAUUCGUAUCACCAGAGCAGGCAUGAUCUUGUUAAUGAUAUAAAACAUAUUCAGGUGAAGCUUUGGACCUUGAUAAUGAUUCAAUUUAUAUAUAAGUUAAGUCUUACCCUUGUCAGUGUGUGUGCGUGCGUGCGUGCGUGCGUCACAGUUUAUUACUAUACAAUCAGUGGUUUGCAUGUUGAUUUUCAAUAUGAACGAGUAUUCAUUACUUCGUUUUACAUAAACGCAUACUAUUGACAUUGUCAACUUUAGGAUACAUUCGUGUGUAGUUGUUUAUAAAGCAUAUUAAACCAAAUGUUCAGUAAACUAAAAACGUUA